UAGAACAUGAUGGCCUUUCUCUUCAGAAUUCCUUUGAUUAUUUAUUUAUUGUGUCAUGUCCCUUCAUGGGUAUGGGCUGUGGAAAAAGACAGUAACACUUGCACAGAAGUAAAAACAUCAUGUGGCUGUACAUUUCUUCAGGGUCCUACUGGAACUCCAGGAGUACCUGGUAUUCCUGGAUCCCAUGGGAGUCCAGGAAGCAAAGGAGACCCAGGACUAAUAGGAAGCAAAGGAGAUAAUGGACUACCUGGUUUACCUGGAAAGGCUGGACCUGCAGGAGAAAAAGGACAUAAAGGAGAGAAAGGAGACAGCAGUGGUGUAAUAACUGAUUGCAGUGAUGGUCCAAAAAACUGCAAGCAGCUGAUGGAUAGAGGUGAAGCCCUCAGUGGAUGGUAUACAGUCUACCUGGACAACUGUCGGACACAGACAGUAUUCUGUGACAUGGAAACUGAUGGAGGAGGAUGGUUGGUGUUCCAGAGACGCAUGGAUGGAUCUGUAGAUUUUUACCGUGGCUGGAAGGAUUACAAGAAAGGGUUUGGAAAUCAAGCAUCUGAGUUCUGGAUGGGAAAUGACAACUUAUAUGAGUUUACUAAAACAGGCACCUUUCAGCUACGUAUUGAUCUGCAUGAUUUUGAAAACAACACUGGGUUUGCAACCUACAAUGGAUUCAAGAUAUUGGGUGAAACAGAAAAAUACAAACUAAUUCUGGGAACAAUGGCAAGUAGUAACAUUGGGGAUUCUUUAACUGGUCAUGCAAACAGUGCAUUCUCCACACAUGAUUAUGACAAUGAUUUGUAUUCGGGGAACUGUGCCAGCAUGUACACUGGAGCUUGGUGGUACACAGCUUGCCACAACUCAAAUCUGAAUGGAAAAUACCUAAAAGGAGAGCACAGUUCAUAUGCUGAUGGAGUAAACUGGAGCACUGGAAAAGGCUUGCAUUAUUCAUACAAGUAUACUGAUAUGAAAAUUAGACCUGAAUAAUGUGAUGCAAACAACGGCUACUUAAGAACAGUAGUUUGCAUAGAAAUCUGGUGCAGAUAAGUGCAAUGAUAAUUCAACCAUGGUCAGUCCCAUUUACAGAAAUUUGUUAU